CAUUGAAGCAGUCCUUAGUUGAAACCUGAAAACAUCUAAUACAAUAAUCUGAAGCAACACUCAAAUAAUCCUAAUCUUUCAAUAUCUCAUCAAGAAUUUCAUCAGACAUGAAUGGACACAGCUCUUCAUCCUAUGGAACUUCAUGGGCCGAUCAGUGGGACGAUGGGCCUGAUCCAGUGAUGGUUGGACAUGACAAGAAGACCAACAGUACUGCUAAAUACAAGGAGAAGCUAGGCCAUGGUCUCGACAAGACCAAAGCUGUAGCUUCCAGUGGCGUGAAGAAGUUGAAGGAUGGAACUACCACUGGAUUCAACUGGAUUAAGACCAAGUAUUCCAAAGCUACUCAGAAAAAUUAAGAUAUGAUUUGCGAGUUUUGAUUUUGAGAAGGAAAAGAAAGGUUUAAAUUGUAAAAUAGAGUUUCUUUUACUCUUUAAACCUUUUCUUUUUGUUUCUUUCUCUUCAAAACUUAUCUCGUUAUAUAGUUGUCUCUCUUCGUCAAACCACUUUUGUAAAUCAUUUUUUUCUUAUUUGAUUAGGUUAUUACUUUGUUUAUGUCUUCAUUUGGCCUUUGGAUUCAUUUAUUCUUGGGGGGCACAUUCAUAUACGAUUGUUUUUGUAUUAUGAUGUCUAUAUUAUUCCAUGCUAAGUUAAUAAUAAUAAGGAUCAUAUGUGUUAUACUA